GGGUAUGCAAAGAAGCCUAAUAAUACGUCGAAAAAACUUAGACCACUUCCUGUUUUUUUUACUUCCGGUCGCUCGUGUAGCUAGGAAGCGUAGCUUUGCAAAUGAAUAAUUCUUAUUAGUGUGUUAUUAUUGAAGGUGAUUUAAUAAUGAAUACGGUUUUAUCGAGGGCGAACUCCCUGUUCGCGUUUUCUCUGAGUGUAAUGGCGGCUCUGACUUUCGGCUGUUUCAUCACCACGGCGUUCAGAGACAGAAGCGUUCCGGUGGAUGUACACGUCUCCAAAGUGCUGCUAAAAAAUGUGGAUGACUUCACAGGACCAAGAGAAAGGAGUGAUUUGGGUUUUGUGACCUUUGACCUUUCUGUCAAUCUGCUGCCAAUAUUCGACUGGAACGUAAAAGAGCUCUUUCUUUACCUGUCAGCUGAAUAUUCUACCAAAAGCAAUGCACUUAACCAGGUGGUUCUAUGGGACAGGAUUGUUCAGAGAGGUGAAAACACCAAACUUGAACUGAAGGAAAUGAAGUCCAAAUACUUCUUCUUCGAUGAUGGAAAUGGCUUGAGGGGCAAUAAGAAUGUGACUCUCACUCUCUCCUGGAAUGUGGUCCCGAACGCAGGGAUCUUACCAUUGGUCAUGGGCUCAGGGCACAAAUCGGUGCCGUUCCCCGAGUCGUACGAAAGCACCAAGAGCUACUGAACUGUCCUGAACCAUUGUCACAAACACAGCUGUUGUGGGUUUUAAUAAUUAAAAAAAAAAAAAAAAGACCAAAAACAUUA